AUGGAGGAUUCCCUCAUGUAUGAUGUUGUGCUCGAUGCAGGAAGCAGCGGUUCCCGCAUUCAUGUAUUUGUGUUUAAACAGUCCGGUACUGACUUGAAGCUGAGCUUAGAACACUUUAAGCGUGUCGAGCCCGGCAUUUCCAGCUUCGCCUCGAGCGCCUCCGCGGCCGUCGACUCACUGAGGCCACUGAUGGACGUCGCCCUUUCGUACGUCCCGCCAAGCCACCACAAGUCGACGGCGGUCACCUUGAAGGCGACGGCGGGGCUGAGGCUUCUACCUGAAGAACAGCAAAUUACUCUUCUUAAUGGGAUUGAUGCCUACCUGAACUCCACACCAUUUUCCAACCGAGGGGUCUCGGUGAUCUCAGGAGGCGAAGAGGCGUUGUACGGCUGGAUGACGCUCAACUACCUUUUGGGUCGCUUGGACUCCGAUGAUAAGCUGCCCGUGAUUGCAAUUGACAUGGGUGGGGCCUCGACCCAAAUUAUAUUCAAGACUCCAUCCGAGUCGGCCGAAUGGCUGCCGUUUCGCUACGCAAUGCAUCUGAAGCUUAAAGAAUCCGGCGUCACGCUCUACCACCAUAGCUACUUAGGAUUUGGGCUCAACGAGGCUCGAAAGAAGAUCUGGCAUACCUAUAAACACCAUGAAAUUCUUGUUUGCUUUUCCGAUAGCGACGCCAAUACCAAUCGAACGGAGCACACCUUCAACGACUACCCGGUGACCCAGAAUUUCGACUCCUGUACGGACUUGGUCAGAAAUGCGAUGUUUCCAGUAGGGGAAUGUCGAUUCCCUUCUUGUGGUGUGAACGGCAUCCCACAACCUUCAAUCGGCUACGAAGAGCAUGAUAUCUACACAUUUUCGUACUUUUAUGAUCUACUGCGUCGAAUCAUGCCGGUCGAUGCGCCUCUGUCGGUGGAUUCCAUUAAGGGUGCCGCACAGGAGGUGUGCAGUAACUCCAGACAUCCUCAGAACAAGGGAACCUUAUGUAUGGAUUUGGCUUACUUGUAUACUUACCUGCGUUAUGGGUUGAAGUUCAGCAGCACCACCCUUGUUCACGUGGCAGACGAAAUUAACGGUCAGUCUUUGUCAUGGCCUCUAGGUGAUUCUCUGUCUUAUCUGUGGAGGGCUUCGGUAACCCAGUAUUAA